AUUAAGUUUUCUGUAAAAAUUUAGUUUAUAAAUCAUAAAUAUGCUGUGUUGUGUUUGCCUUUUGGAAACCCACAAUACCAUGGGUGUUUUUGAUGAAAUGGGCAAACAAUUAAAUAUUGCUGAAAUAGUUUCCGAACACCUUUGGUUUAAGCACGACGAUAUUGUAUCAUCGCACAUUUGUACCAUAUGUUGGGGUAAAAUUUAUGAUUUCCAUGAAUUCUAUGAAACAAUAGAAAAAACUCACAAGGAGUUUCAAAAUGUACAGCAAGAUUUGGCCAUGAUUAAGGAAGAAGAUAAAUAUUCGAUGGGAAAUAAUAUAAAACAAGAAGAAAUCGAUGAAGAUGACUAUAUAAAUGUAGACAGAGAGUUGCAAGUAGAAAUCGAAAUUAAUGUUGACCAAAGUACAAAGAAUCCUUUAGCAGAUAAUGAACAAAAUGACAGUAGUAGUAGUAGUGAUGAUGAUGAUGAAUAUAAUGAAGAUGGAAAUAGCAGCGCUACGUCGGAUGAAUGUCAGCCUAAUAAAACGGAUGUUGGUGAAAAAAUUAAUAUCACAAGUGUAAAAAUGAGGAAAGUUGAGAAUAAACCAAAAAGGUGUAGAAGAAAAAAACCAGCAAUAAAACCAGAGAAUAACCAAGAACCUAAAAGAAAAAAAGCCAUUUUCAACCGCCUUGAUCCCUUACACACUGAGGAAAUGAUAAAGAAACACAUACCUAUGGGCUGUAAUUUAUGUGUUUUCGUGGGCAAAACUUUUGCCGAUAUUGUGGCACAUUUCAAAGUAGAACAUCCUGAUGUGAGAGCCUAUAUAACAUGUUGCGAUAAAACGUUUACAAAACGAUUUUAUGUUGCCCAACAUGCCAUGACGCAUGAAAAUCCUGAUUGCUUUAGUUGCGUGCUAUGUAGCAAAUCAUUUACAACAACUGGUGGAUUGCAAAAGCAUAACUUAAAAUAUCACGCCCCUGAUGAGGAACUUACAUUUACCUGUGAUUUAUGUCCGCAAAAAUUCGCCCGUCAACACUUACUGCAAUUACACAAACCUUCGCAUAUACCUCGGGAAGAAUGGAACUUCUUUUGUACAAAAUGUCCUACCUCAAAAGCUUUUGCCAGUGCAUAUUUAUUAAAUAUACACGAUAAUAAGUUACACAAGAGGGAGAAAAAUAUUUGUAAUGUAUGUGCCAAAGAAAUUAAGGAUAAAAAAUCAUUUGAAAAACAUGUAAGGGAACAUUACGAGGGCAGUGGACCUAGAUUAAAAUGUCCCAUUCCUAAUUGUGAUAGUUGGCUAAAAGAUGAAGAUAAUUUAAAGGUACAUUUACGAAGGCACAAUACAGAUGAUGAGAUCUACAAAUGCCCACUGUGUGAUAAAAUAUGCCCGAAUCGGAGAGCCUUAUCCAGCCACAAAGUUUAUGUACAUACAAAGGAAGUUUUUAAAUGUGAACAUUGUGAUAAAACAUUUAAAAGAGCUAUAACACUAAGGGAACAUAUGACUCAACACACUGGUGAAGUUUUGUAUAAUUGCCCGUUUUGCACUAGAACUUUCAAUUCGAAUGCUAAUAUGCAUUCACACAAAAAGAAACAACAUCCGGUGGAAUGGGAAGCGCUAAGAAGGCAAAAAAUGGGCAAUAAUAAUCCAAGUGAAACUACUGUAGAUAUAAGUAAAAUAUUCUAAUCUAUUUAUUAGGUGCGCCUAUCAACAGGUGUGUAUUGAUAAGCUGAUUAUAGAAUAAUUAAAAUUGUGUAUCGAUCGAUGCAACAGAAAUUAUAGUCCAUAUCGCUAUUUAUGGAUGUUUUUAAUAUAUAAAGAAAUGAUGAUUUUGAUAUAGACUAUUUUUUAUGUUUAGCUCAUCAAUGCGCAUGAUUUGAGAAAUAUUCCUGAAAAAUUAUUAAAUAUGUUUGUUUAUAAAAUAAAAAAUGUAGAUCCACACU